GGAUAGUAUAUAAAGGAUCUGUUCACAUCGAGCUGAACUUGUCCUUCAUCACGAUGCUCAGGAAACUGCUUCCAGUCCUCCCUAUCGCCCUUUUCUCGUUCUGUAUCGCUACUCUGACUCGGUUCUCCGAGCAGUAAAGGCCCUAGUGGGGAUCAGCUUGACCCUCAGAGACGCUGUUAGGCAGCAAUUGAAUACGAACAUGUCAGUCUGCGAAGUUGGUCAGAGAUUAGACCUCCCUCGCUGGUUGCCAGAGCCUUCAACCGGUCAACAUCUUUCCAUUUGCACGCAUCGUGGAUUUCCUGAGUCUUUUUCUCCUGUUGGUCGAGAGGCAGCGCUCUAUCGUCGUCGUGUUCCUGAGGGAAUGGUUCCGCAUUUGGUUCCAUAUCGCGGACAGUGGUCCAUGGAUCCUUCAAUCAUGGCAUUUGAUGAAGGGGAGCAGAGGGGGAGGUCGAGCCAACAAAAUUUGGUCGUCGCAUUCCUAGGAGGGGGGGUUUCCGGGGAGCAGGGCAGGUUCCAGGUCGUCGCGAUAGCUCCGACUCGCCAAAAGUUUAGCGCGUCUGCCCUCCGAAAAGCUCGCCUGAGGUGCAGCAGAUGAUCGGUUCGGUCCAGUCCAGCUAGCUGCAUGGCAGAGAAGCAGGCUCAAGGUCGCAGGGUGUACAAAAAAUGAUCUGUCAAUUCCGGAUCAACACCAGAAAAGGAGGUGCUGACAGAAGGAAUUGAGGCGGUCCAUGAGCAAACUCUCUUCUCUGUCAUCGCUUUGAGGCGUUCUGCCUCCCUUUUGCACGGUCGUCGCUCAUCUCGCUUUGCCCUGGCUCCUGAGCGCAAGCUUCGCGAACAAGCAUCCGUUGCCCCAUCUAGUACGGAGGUACACUACCUGGUACUUCAACAGCCUUGUCGCAAGGCUACCACGGUUCUGCGAUAUCGAUAGGCAUUUCCAACCGAUCUCCAGCUUUGGUGUUGUCUCUCAAAAGGCAUAUUGCGCCUCUUUCUCCGUCUCCAGCUUCCCUAUGACGAACGGUUCAUGCUCUGAUAUCCAUAUAUCCCCUCCCGUUGCCGCUUCCUGCUCCGACCAGUGUCGCAAGAACCACUCUUGAGGACCCAGGCUAGAACCAAACCAACCGGAUCUAGGAAACGCCUCUAGGAAUCUGGUAGUCAGCACCUCCUCAAGUCGGAUCCUCGCCAGCUGGUAAUCUGAAGCGUGCCAUUCCAGUCCAUCCUUCCUAUUGUAUGGCAGCGUUGCGAGCACCUUGUCGUCAUGGCUUUUGAGACGAGUUCUUUGGUCAAUGGGCAGUGGACGACCCGAACCAUGGGCUUGGACGCCGUGUUACAACACUACAACCAAGAGGACAAGGAAGCGAGGAUGGCUCAUGUCGAGGUCGAACAAGCUCCAACCCUUGGCCUGUUGACCCAGACGGUAAUACGUAGCCCUUUGGCUCACUGGAUCUUGCCAGUGCGACUGCGGAGCCAGGAAAGUAACGAUGUUGUGUUUAUAGGGGUAAGGAUUUACUUCUCCUUCGGUUCCAUUUCAGAGAAUCCCCUUUUCGGAGACUGCUUUGUCUUGGGGUUUGGGUGCCGUGAUAUUCCUCUAGGACUCGUUCUCUGAAGCAAUGCUCUUCAAUGUUGAAUCCCUUGUUCUGUGUCUCCUUUUCCGCAAAUGACUGCCUUGCAAUUCAGAGUUUAACAGCAUACUGAUUUUUCCAGGAUGACUUUGUCCAGGUCAAAGAGCCGCGGCCUGACAGACAGCUAUGGGAUGUCAUUAGGAAAGAAAAUUUUGGCGCUCGCAUUCGAAAUGCUCGUGUGAUGGGCUCAUUGAAAGGCUUCAACAGCGAAAACACAAAUGGCUUUGGAAGCCAACAGAUCAAAGACGAAGAGGUUGAUGUCUUAAUGGAUGCUACGGCUAAUCUUGAACGCCAUGCGCAGCGAGAUGGUUCCGUCCUAUCUCCUCAAUGCAUUCUUCUACAACUGGAUACUGGCGAUUCUGUAUUCUUGAUGCUACAACGUACCAAGACAGGGAGCUUGGAGUUUGUCUCCAGCGUUUGUAAACGCGUUCCAAAGCCAAUGCUGGGUCUUCAGCCUGGGACACACCUUGCGGUGGAUCCGAGUUCUCGAUAUAUGGUUGUGGGGUGUUCUGAGUCUCUCUUUGUCAUCUAUGCAUUGCGCCCUAGAGAAGAAAUAUCUCUACAAUACCAAAGGGGGUUACCGAUACAACCCAUCGAGGAACAAAGUUCGAAGGUUAUCAAUCCAGGUGGCGUCAUUCUGAAGUUGGAGUUUUUGUAUCCGGCCGCGGACGAUGAGGCACAUGUCGUUCUCCUUGUAGUGAUAGUUAAGAAGGGAAGGACUCGUAUGAUGCUAUACGAAUGGGAGACCGGCAGGGAGCUCAGUGAAAUUCGACCUAAUACUCCGAGGGGUCACGGACUAGCACCGGACUGCCAAAUGCCACUGCUGCUAAUUCCUUUAACGAUCAAGUCGUCGUUUUUACUCAUUUUCGAAGACUCUGUUAAAGUCUGCCAACGAUUUUUAGAAGGGACCCCAAUUCUUACCGAUGUGAACCCAUUUACAACGAGUAAUUCUACGACGAACGUGCAUACUGGGAAGUCAACCCCGCUGUGGGUAGCUUGGGCUAGAUCCGAGCGAAUGGAUUACUAUACUUCUAAAGGCCACGAGGAUAUCUACCUUGUGCGCGAGGAUGGUGUUCUAAAACUACUAGAAAUCGAUGCGAGCUCAGAUGCAGUUGUUAGAACUGGCGUUAACGUAGGCCCUUUAGGCAAGAAUUGUGGCACGGCUUUGGCAAGUCUGAUUUACAACACCUAUAAGACCUACGGAGGAGGUGGAGACUUGCUGGUGACAGGAGGCACUUCUUGUGGGGGAGGGUCAUACUUGGUAAGUUCUGCAAUUCGAGCAAUAGCUUGGUAAUUUGUCAAUUUGUGUGCCCCAAUUUUUGGCGUUGUCCUAUAUCUAAUCAUUCGCAUAGGUUCAAGCAAGAAAAAUCCCUACUUUUGUAGAGCCAAUUCAGAACUGGUCUCCAUCAGUAGAUUUAGCAACAACAUUCAAGCCUCGGGUUUCUGAGCCCGCGAGGGAGGCUGUAGGAAUUCACCGACGGCGGGAAGUUGUUGCUAAGCCCGAUCGGAUAUUUUCUUGUGUUGGUAGGGGAUCAACUGGGGCAGUUGCUGAACUACGAUAUGGCUUUGAAGCCAAACUGGGACUCGAGGUAGAUUAUCCAACUCUCAUUCUAGAGGCUUGGGCUCUAUGCCCAUCUUUUAAUUCUGGUGGAGACGACGACGGCUCUUUAUUUCUUCUUUCGCUUCCAGAUCGAUCGGCGGUACUUCGACUUUCGGGUGAUGCCUCUGCAAUCACCGAUGAUGAGGAAAAUACAAAGUUUGAUUUACGUUUUCGAACGAUCACAGCCAGCAUGCAGAGAGGUCAUACAAUACAAGUUACGGAACAAUCCAUAGUUAUCAUAGAUGGUGACUUGUAAGUUGAUAUGUGUUAUGACCCUAAAAUUUUCCAAAGCUGAUUCUAGAAGCCAUCAUAUAUAUGAAGGAGAAGAAGUUCUCCGUUUGGAGGACGGUGAGAAUGGUGUCUUUUUGGGUCUUGGAGAAAUCAUCAAGGAUGCCGUCAUCCACGAAGACUUUGUCCUUUUUACCACCGAGUUUGACGGCUCCACGUUCCUCCAGGUCCUGAGGCUCAAUGACACAAGUGGGAUUGAGACGAGUGAAAAUUCGCUUUUUCGUUCACCGCCGGUGGUGCACACAAUUGGCAGGCAUAUACCUCAGGUCACCAGCGUUGGUGUAUGUCACAUGGCACAGAACACCUACGCCAUUACUGCAGAGAAGACUGGCCAGUCAGCUUUGCUCAAAUUCACACCCAUUGAUGGCACGGAGUCGCACAGUGUAGGCAUAUCUACGAAUUAUUGUGAGAAAACGAUUAACAUUGGGGACAUCACGAGCAUGGCAGUAUCGUAUCAACGGCCUGGCUUGCUCACUCUGUUGUGUGGUACCCGUAAUGGCUUCGUGCUCACAGCAGUUAUAGAUAAUACAAGUCACCAAGCGGAGAGCUUUGGCUAUACCCGUUUUGGAUUGAACGAAGCAAUGGUUACCAAGGAUGCUCACUCAGGUUCAAAAGACCUCUAUUUUGUGGUCUGUGACUCGAAGGUCUACGGCUUAACCCCUGGACUUAGGAGAGAAGACAUACAUCAAGUGUGGCUUACGGACGUAGCAAGACCAGAGCUUAACCAACCUGAGAUCAAUUCAAUAGCAAGACUACGACCAAAUCUUUCCGGUGGAAAGGAUGGCGGGCUUCUGAUGGUGGCUGGACAUCAACUACUGUUGGCUAGCUUCAGUACGCAGGGGAAAACAGUUCCGCGAUACUUGCCAGUCAAAGGAACCCCGACACGAUUGCUUUACUCGCAUACUCUCCAAGUUGUUAUUGUAGCAGCAAUUGUGGAGGGUAAGACUACUCUUUUACUCAUUGACCCGGACACAGGUGAUGAUCUUUGUGUGCCGUGGGAUAUGAAGCACCGAGAGCUUCUCGACUUUCCGAAAUAUCUCGGUGGGACAAACGAAACCAUUUUCCACCUGUUGGAAUGGUCUCAUGUCAAAGACAACCAAACCUUUCACUUCAUCAUCGUUUGCACAAGCUCUGGGAGGUUUUUGAUAAUGAAACCAAUACAAUAUGAGGGUGACAGAUGGACAAAAUCCGGCAGACCGAAGAUUACGGUGUAUACAAAUCAUAGCUGGAAGUGUCAAGACCCGAUAUAUUCCGUUGUUGGGCUCCCAAGCGGUCUUGUGUGGUGUUGUGGUGAAAAGCUCUUCUACGAAGUCCUGCUUAGAAACAAAGAGUUCAAACGUAUGGCCAGCUACGAUCUUCUUUCGCCUGCUACGUCGCUUGUGCACGAGGAUGGAGUUAUCUAUGUCCUUACUAGCUGCCACUCGCUCGAAAUUCUCAAGCUCACGGAAGAUAGCAACGGGAACUUUAAGUUUGUCAAAACACAUGUUGAUGAGGUUGCUCGCAAUACUCUGCACCACGGGAUUGUCGAGCGUGGCUUGGAAAAGCCAAUUCAUUUGAUCUCAGACAAGCAUUCCUCGGUUGUCGGAUCAUGGGCCACGCACGACACUAAGGCCGAUAUUCUUGAGACAAUCUUUGAAGCAGAGUUAGCUCAUUCCAUUCUCAAAUUCCGGCUGAGCAAAUGUCGUCCAGUGUGGGACUCCUCUUGGAAAACCCCCUUCAGUCAAUUCUUGGUAGAGGAUACUCCAGAGACCCUCGGCUUGUCCAUCAACGGCGCUCUUUCCCACUUCACUGUUCUCAAAUUUGAAGCUUGGAGGUUCCUGAGAUUCUUUAUCAAUCUGGCCUUGCGGUCACCAGAAGUUUGCGAGUUUACCUAUAAAGAUGGUGAGAUUUCAUUGGAGCCGCCGCGAACUCCCAAACUCAUGAUGCAUAUCGAUGGGGAUAUCUUGAAGCGCUGCUUGGAGGGCAAUCAUUUAGAAAGACUUUUGGAUAUGGGCGUGGGUGGCUCUGAAGUCCAGGAGAAGUUUGAGAAGUUUUACGAAAUCAUCCAGGCGCUUCAUAAAGGGACGCUUGAGAAGAAUGCUGAUCCUGCUGUUUAUGUGGAGCAGGCCUAUCAGGAUCUAUUGUUCUUCUUGCGACCGGUUCUGUAGGUAUGUUUGGGAGGGUGUAUACGAGAAUUAGAGGUUGUGCGUAUGUGCUCAGGUUGUGGAGGCUGGUUACUACUAGUUAGUUCACUUUCUGUAGGUAGGUAGGUCCUUUUAGGUUAUGAGAAAUGAUACUAUGA